CGGAGCCUCGUCUCCCUUCUGGAAUAACCUAUUGCCCACUUCUCAGCGCUCCUGGACUGGGGAGCCCGGCACCGACCCAGGCAAUUAACUGAGUCGCGGCCCGGACUGAUCUCUAUGGAGGAAAUUGAAGAGCAUCCCAGGGCUGAGCAGUUCUCCAUCUUCUAGAAGAGAAGCACCAGGAGAAAAAGGACAUUACCUGCCUGUUCAUCAUUGUAUUCCCAGCCCCCAGAAUCAUAGCUGGCCCAUUAGGAGGAAUGCUAAUAUGGACUGUUGGGGAAAUAAGGCAGUAAUCCAUGCAAGAGAAGAUGGUGGUUGGGACCAGGAUUACAGCAGGGGACAUGAGAAAAAUAUGAAUUAAUUGUAAAAUAGGCCAGAAAAAUGAAGGAAGACUUUCGACUGCAGUUGCAGGAGGCCUGUGAUUUUGAUAGGAAAUGCUGAGUAAAGGGUGUGAAAGAACUGACUCUGCCCAUACUUCUCCAACAUAACUGUGUUUCACGUGUGUUCCUCUUAGGAGGAAUGAAGUUUCGUUGUUAAUGUUGGUCUCUUGUCUACUAAGAUGAAGGUGCCCACCGAGCAUGUUUCAUUCCCCUGGUGCCUUACCACUCUCCUUGUCGAAUUGGUGGGAGAGAAAGGCUCAAAAGACUGAAUUACAGUUAAAAAUGAGUGUUAUACAAACAAGGCGCUCUGUGUGCAAACAACAAAUCCAAGAUUUCACUGCAGAGCAGAGAGCCUCCUCUUUUACAGAAAGAAGCAUUUAACUGUUCAGAAUGUUCCACGUCUCCACUGAUAGGCUCAAGGCUCACCGACCCCACGGAAGUGCAGUGUUGCACAAAUGUUUUUAAGUUAGUAAUGAUCUCUCCUCAGUUGUAUCUCACCAGCUAUGAUCACCACGGUUCAAACCCACCGUUAUAAUUUGGUCAGACCUCCUCUGCAUCCCUUCACCGAAUAAAGUGUCCACCUUACGCUCUUCCUUUUUGACGGCCCACACUAGUUGUCUGAAACCUGGGUAUGCUUCCUGCUCCCACUCCAUCUUCUCUUAACUGCUUCAUCCGAAUGCAUCUAAUGACUGAGAGCAGGCUUACAACAUGGCCGUCGUCAUGAAGAAACAUCUUCAGACACAUAAUGGAUUCCAGACCGAAUAUUUUUAAAUGUAGAAGCCUCAGAGUAAGAGCUACCGAUUUUUCAGCGUCUACCGGGGGCCAAGCGCAUGCCAAGCACCGCACUUACCUUCUUCUUAAUCUUGGCAACGGUCCUGCAGUGAUAAAGACUCCUGGUUGCCCUCCCAACACACAGUGCAGCCACUAUGCAGAUAAGAGGGGCCAAGUAACACAGCUGGCCAAUCAGAUCGACGAGGAAAUUAUUAAGUGUGGUGCCAGAAAAUCUCUUUUCAAAGCAAGUCCAGAUCAGCUGACGUGCUUUCUUUUCUUCUUCCAUUUCUUCUGCCAAUGCAGACCUACAAUAUUUGAGGUUUCUUAUUUAUGGAUGAAUGCAGUUCUCAACCAAUUCACCUGCAAAGAAAACAUUGACCUUUCCGUGUCUGAGAGGAGGCAACCAAGCAGGAGCAAAUUCUCCCCUUGUAAGAGAUUUUGUGGAUGGGUCUCCCUGUCGUUUUCCUCGGUGCCCGAGUCUCCACCUUGGUUUCACGCCAGGUGUCCCGGUUCUUCAUCUUCGCAGGGAGUGGAGCUCCGUCCCCAAGCACCAAUUCCCACCGAGGGGUCAACGAUAACUCCUUCCAGACUUCCCCGGAAUCAUGCCUCUGAAAGCAGAUCCAGUGUUCCAAAAAUAAUGGCAUUUCUUAGAACCCGUGGUGUCUCAGAAUUGGUGAAAUAUGGACUGAUCUCGAAUCCUCUGAGCCAUCAACUGUUACUGUGAAAUACUGCUUGUUGGAAAGGUUUAAUUUCCUCUUCAGAAGUAGUCCCUUAGUAGCAUUUUUUCCCUUGAGGAUUGAUUAGGAUGACCAAAAUUAAAUCUCUUUAUAUAUGUAAUAUCCAAAUACAUUCUGCUGUCUAGUUUCACAUCUCAAUUUUAUGCUUAUUACUUCUUGGUUUUGCGUGUGUGUGUGUGUUCUUUUCUUUUUUUUUUUUUUUUAAUGUUCUCAACCUGUCAACAUCAUUGACUACUGUGAUCUCAAAGAGUAAAGCAGAGAGCUGAGAAAAUGGUAAGACAGCCAAAACAAACUUUGUUAGGUUACAUAUGAGGAACAUUGGGUUCAUCUGAUUACUCUGUUCAGAUGGCACAUCCAGAUACCGUAAGCCAAGUCCUUGGCACAUAAUUAUUUUUAAACUGUGUUAUCCUGCUUAAUUGGUUUAAAAUAAUUUAGCAGGGUGCUGGUUGGCGCCUACAAAUGAAUCUAAUUCAUCAGUUCUUAAUUGUUAAAAUAGCCCUAUUUCGACAAUUUAGGCUAUUGUUGAAGCCAGAGUCGCCACUCCUUCAGAGGCUUUCAUAUAAUUUAUUCAUUCCCUUUUAAAUUGGAGCCCUAGCAUUAGGCAGCAUUCCUUUAAAAAACAACAACAAAGAGCAAAUUUUCUCCCACAUACCUCUUCUGACCAAUGUCCUCCCAGAGAAACUUUCCCUAAUCCCCGAGACUGCAACAGCACAGGAUUUAGCGCACAUACUCCCAACUCAUUCUCCCUCUAGCAUUGCAAGAGCUCACCGUUUUUUUCACUUGAGUCUGAUGAAAUAGUUGGCUUACAUUUAGGGGCCAUGUUUUAGAUAAAUAAGCCUGCAUAAAACCAGAAUUGUUCUAGAAUCACAGAGAUUGGAAAGCUCUGGUACUAUUUAGUUUUCUCUUUUUAUUUUUUGUCAAACAUGGUUGAAUUCCUGCAAUUUAAAUAAGCAUAUGAUACGAAUCCACGGUUAUCUAUACUAGUGUCACAUUUAUAGUUUUUUCCCCCUUUACUUUGCAGAUUUAAGAACUUCUUUUAAGAAAUGUAAUAAUAACCCUAAGGGUAUGUGAAUUUUUAAAGUUAUUUAGUGUGUACUACUAGAUGUAGACAUAUACAUUAUUUUUAUACUUUAAGCAUAUAGUUCUUAAUCAGUAUUUAUAAGAUUCACCUAAAGAGCUUUAUAAAAAAUGAGAUGACCAGGGCCCAUCCCAAUUCUACUGAAUCACUUGCCUCAGGGUAUGGGAAUUUGGUGCAUUUUUAACUCUGUGGGCAAUGCUGAUGUGCAUUUCCUGGCCCCAAACCACUGCUUUAAGCCAUCAUCAACCCAAAGCUUAAUUGUCAACCAGAGUCACUAAGAAUAAACUUGGCCUAUUUCACAAUUCUGUCUAGGGACCACUCGUCAAUGCUUCCUGGUUUCUGAUUGCCUCUUGAUUUGCUGCCUAUAUGUGUCCUGAUUUCUUUCUUGUUCUGCCUCUGGCCUUGCCUUCCAGCACUUCUGGGCUUCUGAACUGGAAACCUGGUCUUUGAUCUCAGAAGCCAUCAUAAGCACAGGUUCUGGUUCUAUGCUCUAGGUUGGCUCUUUGGACUUGGCUCUCCUGAUCUUUGCAUCUAACACUGUCUCUACCAUACAUCUCCAUUUAUGACAAUCUGCCAACUCCACUGAGUCAGGGAAGAAAGAGCCAUGAUGUCUCCAUAGGAAAUGAUUUCAAAUAACUAUAACAGAGAAAGUCAUUAUUAAUGCAUGCUCAUGUACUUCAGUAGUUGAGUUUGAUUUCCUUCAAACACUGCUUUGUACUUAGUACCCCAACUAAGAACUGUAAUUUAUAUGGAAAAAAAAAAUCCUUAGUCUGGAAUAAAGGCCCUCUACUGUCUAGAUCUGACCUACCUUUCUGGAUCUUAAUACUAUUCUUCACAUACCUAGUGCUCCAGCUCAGCUGAACUACACUGUUCCCCAGGAAGCCCCUGGCACUGCUGUUAGCUUCCUUUCUUCGCUACAUUUUCAAUGUCGAAAAGGACUUUUUCAUCAGCAGCUGCCUCUUGCUUUACCCACAUAUUCAAAUCCUACCAAUUCUUUGAAGCAGUGUUUCUCAAACCUGAGUAAUGCAAAGGAAAUUCCUGUCAUUCUAGAGAAUACAUAUUAGGAUAGGCAGGAGUCCACGGACCAGCUUGAAAAGCACUGGUACAGUAAACAGAAGGCCAAUUCUAUGAAAAUCUUUCAUUUGCAAAUUAUCACUCUGAAAGAAAAAUGUUGUCUUUACAACUGGUGUAACAAUUUGUAUAUUGUCAUUAAAAUGAAAACACACAU